CACGAGCGGAGGGUAACCAAUCAGCAGCGGCCACCGUGUGUUUGGAAACACCAUUCUUCCCAGUUAAAGUCCCGUAUGAACCAGCACAAAGACACUUCUAGAUCCAGUCCCACAAGUGUGACUUUAGACGAGACUGUUGGCGUACGAACUGUAUCGGGAGGACUCUUCUUAUCGUAUUUGUAGCGAGUAAACAUUGUAUCUAAACUGCGAGAGUACAGCGAGAGAAAGAGUAAAGAUGGAUGUGGGGGUUUCUGAACAAAAGACCAUUUCGCUUUUCAUAAAAACGCCCAACCAGACCCGCGAGGACCAAACCGUCGAAGGCGUCUGUCUGAACUGGACUGUAAAGGACCUAAAAACGCAUUUGUCUACCGUUUACCCAACCAGACCGGCUGUGAGUGACCAGAGACUGAUCUAUGCUGGUAAACUGCUGCCCGACCAUCUGCACAUCAGAGAUCUCUUCAGACAGAAUGAAGCCACUCCCACACUGCACCUUGUGUGUGCUUUUAGGAAUCAACCCCAAGGACAACUGGGAGCCAGACCUAAGACCAAAGAGACCGAACAGCCACAUACCUCCAGUCCAAGGCCCAUAGCGGCUUCUGCUUCACCCAGUCCCAGCAGCUCCUCUUCCUCAGUCCAGACUCCCAGCACACCAGAGCUGAGGCAGAGGAGGCAGACCUCUCCAGCCUCAGCUGCUGCUCCAGCUCACACACAUACCCCAGUGUCUCCAUCAGGAUCUCCGUCAUGGCCUGCUGCUGCAGUGCCUGGAGCACCACAGAUGACCCAACCAACCUUUCCCACCUACUCCCUGUACAGCCCUCAACAGAUACUGUGGCUCCAGCAUGUCUACGCUAGACAGUAUUACAUGCAAUACCACGCGGCCCUGGCAGCAGCAGGCACCGUCCCCUCUGCACCAGCUACAACCAUUGCCCAGUACCCUCCUGUUCCGGCCCACCAUGUGCCUGUUCCAGCCCCCUUAGCCAAUCAGAACCCCAUCGACAACCUGCCAGCGAAUCAGAACCCAGUGCAGGACGGUGCUUUCAUCAACCCCGCGGAGGCCAACCAGAACAUGCGGAUGAACGCGCAGGGCGGGCCUGUAAUGGAGGACGAGGAGGAUGUGGAGCGUGACUGGCUGGACUGGUUGUACACCACCGCAAGAUUAGGCGUUCUGCUAAUGAUCGUGUACUUCAACUCCAACCUGAGUCGCUUUCUGCUGGUGAUGAGCACCCUCCUCCUUAUGUACCUACACACUGCUGGUUGGUUUCCCUUCAGAAGGCGAGUACAGGUCCAAGGACCCAACCCUCUGCAGCCCCCUGUGGCCCAGCACAACCAGCAGAACGAGAACGGGAACCCAAACCCAAAUCCAGCUGACGAGCUUGCUGACCGGGAGGAACCUGCUGCUGCAGCGGACGGAUCAGACGGACCAAUGACGGCAGUUUUAGUGCCUCCUCACAGGGUGUCGGCCAUGUGGACGGCCUGGGUUUUCUUCAAAACUUUCUUCUCCUCCCUCAUACCUGAGGUUCCUCAGGGUGUGGCCAACUGACCACCUGGGACAGACAGAGACACCAGACAGUUUUUCAUAUUUUUCCAUGGGGAACAAUAAUCUCUGGUGGAAGGAAAAGGAAGAUAUCCAUGUGUUUUAACAAUGACUGGAACCUCCCUAUUGAAAUGCCAGCAAAACAAAGCAGUGCCAGGCCCUUGAAUUUCCAAACUGUUGACUGGAAACAAAGGACACAAAGGGCUAGAAAGACCAGACAACAUUCCUAAUACUAAAUAGUUCAGUGGGAUCCCAGUUCUCCAUGUGCUCUCUCAGCUGAGGGUAAACGGUGAACGGCUGACACUGUUGGACUGUUGUGGCUAAAUUAUUCUUCUGUGAGGACGUGUAUGUAUGCAGGCUUUCUGAUCCUCUAGGAUUCCAAAUCAGCUUGUCUGAGUUUUCAUGAUGAAGAAUAUAAUCAAGAUCAAUACAUGUUCAGUUGAAGUGAAAAUCCACGCACAGACAGAACUCCGUACUGUAUGUAAAGUCUAUCUGAAUCUAAAUUCCAAGGACACAUUCAUUUUGUUCUCCAUGUAUGGAGCCUGGGUUGAAUUCAGCUGUAAAAGUAGGACAGAUGUUGUUUUCACUUGUUUGAGCAACUUGUUUUAACUUUAAUAAGAUAUGAUUUUAGGUGUUUUAAAAUCCUACUAUUGAAAUUCACACGAGCCAAUAUUCAAACUAUAUACUCAAUAUGUUAUAUAUAUUGUUAUACAAUAUGCUCGUGAGAGGAACUUCAGUUCACAACCAGUACUUGACAAGGAGAGUAAAAUCCAAAUCAUGAAUAAAAAUGAUCAACUCUGAUUCACAAAAUUGAAAAUAACAUUGCACCUCUGAUAUGACUUAAGUUUUCCAGUUCUGUUUUGGGUGGAUUUUCCUAUUAUUGAGUGACAGGUGAAGGUGAUUGUGACCAAAUACAUAUAAAUGUAAAAUAGAGAUGUUGCCAUAGUAAACAAAAAAAGAAAUCACAUUUUGUAAAUGUACUAUAUGUACACAAAGCACUUUACAACAUGUAUUUUAUGCAAGCGUCCUUACAUAUAGAGGGGUAAUGAUUUAUUAUUCUUCACGGGAAGAUUGUAAAUCUAAAUAUAAUGCGUAGAGGGCUCAGAGUUGUGGGUGGGUUAUGUGUUGUUUUUCAGAGAAGGGACUAAGUAUACAUUUCAUUUAAUAUAAAAUCCCAUCAAAACAAAACAGGUAAAAGGUUCGAUCAGUGCUGUUUAAAUUAAAGCAAAAACUAAGUUAGAAUUAUUUAUAAUGUCAGAAACCAUCUUCACAAUAUCUAUGGAAUUGAGGCAAGUUUGCUUCUCAGCUACUUGGCCCUCUGUAUACGGAGGUUUAACAGCACCUUUUAUUAUUUUGUCACAGGUCUUAACUUCAUUCAGUUAACAUUCCAAAUUAUAUAGUAAAUAUGGUAUCAAGAAGCUACCCCACAUCAUUCCUAAUGUACCUUUCAUUUUUAAGCAGUUUUAUAUCGUACUGAUAGAGAAACCCUCACUGUCACAGAUCAGAUGACUGAAAAAAAACUGUUCUGAAAUGCAGUUUCUGGUGACUUCACUCAAGUCCUCAUAAUAAUGAAGUUAGGGGACUUGAGUCCAGAUCUGUUGUUUUGCAUUAACUGGCUGUAAUCAGAGCAUGUUUUAUUCAACCGUAACAAGGAACAAGUGGGUUAUACUAUCUUCUCUUAACAAUGUCACUGUAAAAGAGGGUGUAUUACAUCUUUAAGGAAAGGUGUGAAAAGUAAUUUCCAUCUUCUUGUAAUCCAAUCCAUUUUCUGCUCUGCAUUAACCCCUGCUGUACAGUAAGCACUCAGAUUCCCUCUGGGGAGCAAUCGUAGCUCGUGACAUUGGUCACCAUGUAGAAUUUAACUUUUAAUGUUAAGAUUAUAAAGUUUUCUUUUUUUUGUUUCCUUCGUAUUUUGUUUGCUUAUUGAUGGACGUUGUAGAGUCAAGUGUGUUUUGGGAGAUAUUGCAAUAAUAGAUGCAAUAAAUAUUCUUAACUUUAA